AUGGCACGAUCGCAAUUGUUUGGACGAUUGUUAAAACAAAAGACACAAAAAAAGAAAAUUUUUAUUUGUUUGUUAAUUGUGUCACUCAACAAAAGAAUUCAAUUUAAAAAUAAUAAUUUGGAUCAAAAAGAAAAUUUAAAUAGGUUAAUUAUUAAUUCGUCCGCCAUAUUUGGUUAUGUUUUCUGCUCAAGUUCUUCCAUACCGUAUGGUAUGAAAAAAAUGGAUUACAUAAAAUAUCCGUUGGAAGCAGGUCGAACGUUGGGUGUGAUAUAUUUGAGUGAAGUGAUGACAUAUUUCAAAUAUGUUUUUGCGUUUCAUAAAUAUAAUUUAGGCUAUUUAAGAUUAAAGCCCGAGUGA